AUGUAUAGCAAUCGGAAAACUCCAAAUGCCUUCUUAAUUUAUAGGAGAGAGAAGCAGUCAUGGUUGAGAAGGAAUUAUCCUAGGACUCCUCAAAGGGCAUUAUCUGGGAUAGUCGCUCAAAUGUGGCAAAAUGAGUUGCCUGCCACUCGAGGAAAAUACGAAAGUAUUGCCCUCAGGCUCUCGAUUGAAAACGUCAAUCGGAGCGUAAAUAAUCGACACGUCGUUCCAACGGACUACGUAAAUGGGCUAACCCAUUUUUUUGUUAUUGAAAAUGUGGUUAACCCUGUUAGUCCGCCAUUAAACAAAGAAAGCUCUUCAAUUGAAGAUGAAUUCGUUAAUUCCAUCUUCAAUUUUGAUGCUUAG